CCCAGGAAUUUCUUCAAGGUUGUAGUCAGACACAGUAAGGUCUAAAGUGACAAGAAAAGCAAGGCAAAGACAAAACUUGAAAUUGUGAUAAGAUGUCUGAGUCUAAAGUUGCAGAUUGCAGAAAACUUUUGGGAUUAUACAUGCUCAUCUUGUCCUGGAUAUGACUGAAUACAAGCUAGUUUUUCUCUAGUGACCGCUCAAAAGCCCCCUCAAGAUUAUGUUUCUAUUCCUUGUUGCUUUUUUGCCAGUGGUUUUUAAAAUUGGUUUUGUCAGCCUCUCAGCUCUGCAGCACUGGAACUGUCCUAAUGGAUACAGAUUAAAGCCUGAAAACUUUGCUUGUACAGACCCAGCACCAUUCCUGCUUUUUAGCCAUGGAAAUGCCAUCUUUAGAAUUGACACUGAAGGGACAAAUCAUGAAAGAUUGGUUGCUGAUACUGGUCCAUCAACACUUAUGGAUUUUCAUUAUGUAGAAGAGAAAUUGUAUUGGGUAGACUCUGAAAGGCGACUACUUCAAAGAAUUCACCUAAAUGGCACAGAACAAGAGAGACUGUGUUACAUAGACAAAGGUAUUUCAGGAUUUGCUAUUGACUGGAUAAAUCAAGACAUUCUCUGGGCCCACAGACAGAAAGGAACCAUAGAAGCAACAGACAUGAAUGGGAAGAAACGCCGAGUUCUUCUAAGAGCUGUUGGUCGUCCUACAAGGAUUACCAUUGAUGCUGUACAAAGGCUGUUAUUUUUGUCUUCAGAUGGUACAGUUUCCAGCAUAUACCGAGUGUCCCUCAGUGGAAAUGAUAUGGAAAAUAUUUUUAAAACUACAGAAAAAAUAAAGGCCAUCUCACUAGAUUUGGUUGACACAAGGCUCUACUGGAUCCAACAUGACCAUGGAAAAGAAAUUUCCCAUAUUGGAUCAUGUGACUAUGAUGGUGAAGCUGUUCGUUUCCUCAGAAAUUCUGCCCGACAUCAAUUGCUUGGUAUGUCUCUCUUUGCUGAGCACCUGUACUACUCAGACUUGAAGUCUGGCAUGAUAUGGAGAGCCAACAAAUAUACUGGAAACGUUGUAGUCACAAUUAGCCUGAAGCCAUCAUUUUUCCCACCAGUGGAGAUAAAAAUAGUACAUCCAUUUAAACAGCCAGGUGCAAGGAUUGAUUCUCAGGAUUUGGAAAAAGGAAUCUGUGAUUUGAACAGAGAAAAGUGCAGAAGAAGAAUCUGCAGGCCAGACUCAAGGACUCAUCGGUGUAAAUGUUCUAGUGGCUUUAUUUUAAGUCGAAAUAAACAGUUUUGUGAAGACAUUAAUGAAUGUGGCUUCUGGAACCAUGGCUGCACUUUAGGCUGUGUGAACAUUCCUGGUUCCUAUUACUGUACCUGCCCAAGAGGCUUUGUUCUGCUGCCUGAUAGGAAAACAUGUCACGAGCUAAUUACCUGUACAAGUAAUGACACUGGAUGUGGUCAUGGCUGCCUUCAAACAUCUAAAGGCGCUGUUUGCUUUUGUCCAGAAGGAUCUGUGCUCAAAGCGGAUGGCAAAACAUGCACGGGUUGUACCUCUCCAGAUAAUGGUGGCUGCAGUCAGAUAUGCUCUUCUUUAAGCCCAUCCUCCUGGGAGUGUGCUUGUUUUCCUGGAUACAAGCUUCAGAGAGACAGAAAGCACUGCACUGCUAUAGGUCCUAAGCCAUUUUUGUUAUUUGCAAAUGGCCAAGAUAUCCGCCAGAUCAGUUUUGAUGGAACAGAUUAUACAAGUUUACUUGACUGGCAGAUGGGAGUAGUCUUAGCACUGGACUCUGACCCGGUGGAAAAUAAGAUUUACUUUGCCCACACGGCCUUGAAAUGGAUAGAACGAGCUAAUCUGGAUGGUUCAGACCGUGAAAAGGUUAUUCAUGGAGCUAUAGAUACACCCGAAGGCCUUGCUGUGGAUUGGAUUAACCGUAAAUUGUAUUGGACAGACAGAGGGAAGGUGUGCAUUGAAAGGAGCAAUCUGAAUGGAAUGCAAAGAAAAAUGAUCAUCUGGGAGGAUCUGUCCCAGCCCCGAGGGAUUGCCAUUCACCCAUUUGCUAAGAGAUUAUUCUGGACUGACAUGGGGGUCAAUCCGCGGAUUGACAGCUCUUCAUUAGAAGGCUUUGAUCGCCGGGUGGUAGCCAGCACUGGCCUGGUGUGGCCCAGUGGAAUAGCUCUUGACUACCUGGCUGACAAGUUGUACUGGUGUGAUGCUAAACAGGCCAUGGUUGAGAGUGCAAACCUGGAUGGUUCUGGUCGUCGAAUUCUUGCACAGAAUUAUGUAGGCCACCCUUUUGCUGUAGCGGUGUUUGAGGAUCACCUGUGGUUUUCUGACUGGGCUAGGCCAUCUCUAGUGAGGGUGGACAAGAAGACCGGCCAAAACAGGGUACGUCUUCGAGGCAGCAUGCUGAGACCCUCAUCAAUGGUUGUAGUUCAUCCUUUGGCGAAACCAGGGACAAAUCCUUGCCUUUACGAGAAUGGAGGCUGUGAUCAGAUCUGUGAAAACAAUUUUGGAAUUGUCCACUGCAAGUGCCAUCCAGGAUUUGGGAAAACUCAAGAUGGAAAAUCCUGUCAUGCUCUGGAUUCUUCCAACUCAACAGCAGGAAGGGUUUUUGUGCAUAAGGAAGUAAUGCCAAUGCCACCACAAGAGACUGUGCUCCAGAGCACACGGAUUUUUAAGGAUGCAGACAAUGGAGAAAAGCAGAAAAUAAAUUUUUUUAUGGCUGAAAUCAUGGUAUCAGAUGAAGACGACUGCACUGCACUAGAAUGUUAUGUCAAUGCAGAGUGUGUUUUGCUGGAAGAUGGUGCUAUGUGCCAGUGUUUGAAAGGAUUUACCAGGAAGGGGAAAUCAUGCUAUGACGUUGACGAGUGUGCUGUACACAUGGACCGCUGCAAUCGAAGCGUGUCAGACUGUAUCAAUACGGAAGGGGGCUAUGUCUGUAAAUGCCUGGAAGGCUACAUUGGAGAUGGAGUCCAUUGCUAUGAUAUUGAUGAGUGCAAGAUGGGGUCCCACACCUGUGGAGAGAACACGACCUGCACAAAUACAGAAGGAAACUUCACUUGCUCAUGUGCUAAUCAUGCUGCUGGGACUGGCAUCGGUUGCAAAUCUACUGUUCCCCCAACUGCUAUCAGCAAUGAAUACACUACCAACGCUGUGCAAGGUGAUAUUGUAGGAUGCCCUCCUUCGUACGAGUCAUACUGCCUCCAUGGUGGAGUGUGCAAUUACGUUUCUGAUCUACAAGACUAUGCCUGCAACUGUGUGACAGGAUACGUGGGGGAGCGCUGCCAGUUCAGCGACCUGGAGUGGUGGGAGCAGCAGCGCUCCGGGCGGGCCAAGGUGCGGAGCAUCGCCAUCACCGCCUGCGCCGCCGGGCUGGCCCUGCUGGCCCUGCUGCUGGGCGUCCUGGCUGCCUUCUGCCACAGAAGUCAGAAUCUGUAUAAGAAGAAUCUCUGUGCAGAAGUGAUAAGAGCCACCAGCAGCCGUGCUGACAAUGAGAGCGUAACACCUACUGGCAACAAGUCUCUGUUUGCAGUUUUUAAGGAGGGUAACAGUUCUCUGGAGACUAAAGCAGUUGAUCUAAUUGAGUGUGAGACAGCAGAUCCUCAUCCUGCCUGUCCUUCAGAAUCUGAGGAAGAACAGCCUGUAACAUAUGACAAAACAGCAGAGACUUUGGCAGAAGAGGAGAAAGAACAAGGCCACGGAAAAGAGGGUCCUCUUGGUGAGAAAUCACCUCAGUCCACGGGAGCGGAGAAGGACUCUCCCCAGGCUCCCAGGAGCAUCCAUCCCAAUUGCCUGCCAGUAAGGGAGCCUUGCAAUCUUGCCCCAACCAGCUUGCUGAUGCAGCCAGACUAGAAGUAAUCUGCAUUUGAAUGGGAAAAGGAGGAAGUCAGCAAAGGAUGAGAACUCACACACACUGAAGCAACACUCACUUUUGCAUUAAAAUCUGCUUCAGAAAAAAAACAGCAUUAUUCAGAACAAAACAGAAAAGUCCUUGCCACUCCUUCCCUGUCAUCUCUGCUUGGAAAAAUUACUGUGAGCAAUGUGUUGGCGAUGAGUACUCUAUAAGUAUCACUGCUGCUAACUUCAUUAACUGCCUGCUAAAAGGUCACUGAGAGGAAGAUAGCCAAGUGAGUGAUUUGUCAGUGAUAAGUAUUUUCUAAGGGAGCUUGUUGCAAGUGGUGAUCUUUACACACACAGAGUCUAGAAACUGCUUAGAAAAUGGGACACAAGGACAGGUGCAGAGAAACAGGAAUGGAGGAUAAUGCAGAAAAAUUAGUUCAAAAUCGAUCUUACUAUUAAAAUAUUUUUUAUGGACACUAUAUGCCUCUCCCCAGAGCUGCUGACAGACCAGUGUAACUUCUUGGAUUUCAUCUGAGAUGUCCUUGUGUCUAGCAAGUACCAAAUAGG